CCCGAUCGAGCAGCAUUGCGAGAGAUUAAAACAGUAUACACAAAACGACCUCGCUUCUUGUCGAGGAUAAAUAGCAGCAUGAAUCCCAUCUGAUUGAGUCCAUCACAACUCCCAUCUCAAUAAUCAUAUCAUCUCCAUCAUGAAGAUCACUGCUCUCUCUUUGUUGGCAACCGCCGGACUGGCUGCGGCCUCUCCUGUGACCAUUGAAGCUCGGGCAAACGGCGUCCAGGGCUUCGACAUCUCCCACUACCAGAAGGACGUCGACUAUGCCGGUGCCUACAAGGCUGGUGCCCGCUUCGUCCUGAUCAAGUCCACCGAGGGAACCACCUACACCGACCCAUCCUUCUCAACCCACUACGAGGGCGCCGGCAAGGCAGGCCUCCUCCGUGGCGGCUACCACUUUGCCGUCCCCAACUCCAAGUCCGGCAAGGAGCAAGCUGAAUACUUCCUCGCCCACGGCGGCGGCUGGACAAACGAUGGCAAGACCAUGCCCGGCAUGCUGGACCUCGAGUACAACCCAUACAAGGGCAACAACUGCUACGACCUCUCCCCGUCGCAGAUGACCGCCUGGAUCAAGGACUUCUCCGACACCUACAACAGCAAGACCGGUCGGUACCCCAUGAUCUACACCACGGCCGACUGGUGGAAGACCUGCACCGGCGACAGCAAGGCCUUCAGCGAGACCUCCCCGCUGGUCCUGGCAAGAUAUAACAGCGCCCCUGGUGCAGCUCCCGGCGGAUGGAAGUUCCAGUCCAUCUGGCAGAACUCUGACAAAUACUCAUUCGGAGGGGACUCGGAUUUAUGGAAUGGCAGCGAGGACUCGCUCAAGAAGUUCGCAAAGGGCGAGUGAGCUGGAUCGGUAGGCUACAGAUAUUCCUUGUAUAGACGGAGUUGAUUACGUUGCGCGAAUAUAAUCCCUGUCUGUCGGACAGAUCCUUUGCCCCAAUUUUGAUUCUCUCUUCCGACGGAAAUCCCGUCGGAGUGAUUAGUUGUGUUGCUCCGAAUCAUCAUGUAGGACGAUAAGAUGAUGCUCCGAAUAAUAGUAUAUAAGAUGAGUUGUGAUCGCUGGUUGUAUCUCCAUCAGCAGCAGCAUUCUAAGU